GAUGAGAUCAAAACACAAUCAACCCAGUCACAUACAUAUAAUAUUCGUUUGCCGAGUGAUAAGUGCAUAAAUGAUAAGUGCUUUGAGUGAAUAUUACAAACGGGCGCACAAGUACAUAAUUUUUGCUCCUUCGAAUCGUAUUCCACGUCGACCGAUAACAGCAACGCUGCUUGAAAAGGAGAAGGAACCAACGAAGGCAUCGACGCAACAGUGCUGCACGACGCCGAUUUCCAACUAACGAGCAUCUGUCUUUGGCAAAAGGUAGCUUCAUCUGAAACAAAAUGGAGAUACAAAAUAAUAUACUUCAUGGUCCACCAAUAACAGAAGUACCAAACAUAUCUCUGGGACAACAUUUGUUCAAUUGUCUACAUUCUAAUGCUGAUCAGAUUAUGCAAGUAGAUAUUCAAACUGGUAAACACUACACAUGCAAGGAUAUUCUCGAAAAAAGCACAAUAUUAUCUGUUGCUUUGAGAAAUUAUGGAAUCAAGGUGGAAGACAGAAUUUCCGUUGCAGCUGAAAACCAUCCACAUUACGUGGUAUCGAUAUGUAGCACGUUAUUUAUCGGAGCUACAUUUGCACCGUUGAAUCCAGCAUAUACAGAAAGAGAAUUUACGCACAUGCUGGAAAUUUAUCAGCCACGGGUGUUGUUUGUAUCGCGACGCACUGAAAACAUUUUGGCGAAAAUUGCAUCUACUGUAAGCUGGAAUAUGAAAUUAAUCGAAUUGGAUGAUGAGCCUCUUGAUGGAAAUAUAAUAACCUUAGACAAGGUUUUGGAAAAAUAUCAAAGUGUCACGGAUCCCUAUGCGUCUUCAACGGUGCAGAUAGAUAAUAACAGGAAAAGAAUGGCAGCUAUUUUAUGUUCUAGCGGUACAACAGGCCUUCCAAAAGGAGUAAUGUUGUCUCAUCGAAAUUUGUUACUUUUCAUCCAAAAUCUAAGUGCCCCAGGAACAAUGGAUAUUCGACGUGGAGACCGAAUACUAGUUUUCUUGCCAUUAUUUCACGGUUAUGCGUUCGGAAUGAUGAAUACGGCAAUAAGUUGCGGUGCAGUUAUAUACAUAAUGCGAAACUUCGAGUUAGAAACGUUACUCAGUUCCGUAGAAAAAUACAGAAUUACGCAUAUACCAUUGGUCCCUCCAGUUUUAGUUGGUCUUGCGAAACAUCCAAUGGUGCCAAAUUGUGAUUUCAGCAGCGUGAGAGAGAUCGUUUCCGGUGCGGCACCGCUUUCGCCGGAUGUAGCAAACGAAGUGAAGCAACGUACAAAGCUGAGAGCUAUUCGAAAUGGUUACGGUAUGACGGAAUUAUCAAUACUAUCAAACAUGAGUGAUAGGACGAGCAAUGAUAACUCCAUAGGUCCAAUACUGCCUGGCUUUAAGUGCAAAGUGGUAAAUGUAGAAACAGGCGAGACCCUGGUCGCAAGAAAAAUUGGGGAAGUUUGUUUCACAGGUGAUCAAGUAAUGUUGGGAUAUUUUAAAAACCCUAGAACCACUGCAGAAACAAUCGAUAAGGAGAAUUGGUUACACACUGGCGAUCUAGGAUAUUUUGACGAAGAAGGAUCGCUAUACAUUACAGGACGUAUAAAAGAAGUUAUUAAAUAUAAAGGUUUUCAAGUUUCACCAUCUGAGAUCGAAGCAGUAAUAUUGUCGCAUCCAAGCGUUAAGGAUGUAGCAGUCGUGGGUAAACCGGACAAACUCAGCGGAGAGAUACCAAUGGCUCUGGUAGUCAGACAACCUGAGAAAACUAUAUCGGCGAAAGAAAUCGCGGAUUUCGCUAAUGAAAAUCUGUCACCACAAAAAUGGCUGAGAGGCGGUGUAAAAUUUGUCGAGCAUAUACCCAAAACAACAACGGGAAAAAUUAUACGAAGAGAAUUGAUUAAUAUCACAACUAAAUUGUGAAUCAAUUUUUCUAAUUACUCGAAAUAUAUGUACUAAAUACACAACUUCUGUAUGCACACACACAUUCAACUAAGUGUUUUAUUUAAUCGCCUAUUUGAAUAUAUAAAAUGUACCUGUCCAACAUAAUCCGUGAAUAAAUUGUAGACCAUAUAUUGCUUACCAAUCCGGAUACAUCAGACAUACGUGUGCACUUUAGUAGUGUCGUUACAAGCAUACGUUUGUGACGGGAGCAGCGUCCGAGCAGCGUGAGAGAAGGGUGGGGAUUAUUGUUUACGAGAACGAACCUGAUACGAAGUCAGAUAACCUCUAGGAUAGAUACUCAUGCGGGUGAACCUGGCAUUAGGUCAGGAAGCCGCAGGAGGUUAAAACUUCAUGAACGGACCCGAAGCGAAGUCGGCAAACCGUCAGGAGUUUAAAGCAGAAAGAAACGAAGCUGACGCGAAAUCAGAGAGCCGCAGGAGGGGUUUGGUUUCCAUGGAUGAACCCGAUACAAAAUCGGGCAGCCACUUGGUUGCAAAAAUUUCUUUUGGAUGCUGAGACGCGGAACGAGCAUAAUAGGCUUGAAUGUUAGCGUUUAAAUAAUUCAACUCAAAUUUAUAUAAAGCAAUAUAUUGUAAUGAAAAGGUUGUUACAGGUGUAUUUGUCGCGAAUAAAUGAGUGUAUCAAUGUG